AUGGAUGAAUAUGAAACCCCUCUUUUGUCUGAGUCACAAAAGGAGUCAUCAUCAUCAUCACCAUCAGUGGUGGUUUCCUCAUUGAAAUGGAUUUUGAGAGUUGUAAUGUCUGUGAUUUUCGUUUCUUGGGUUGUUUUGCUUUUGAUGUACCCUGGAAAACUUGGUGAUGGAUUGGUAACAAAAUGGAGAGAAGUUUCUUCUAACACUCUCUUCGGCGUCACAGGAAGCAUGUUCUUGAUCUUUAGCGGUCCGAUUCUUGUUAUCUCCGUCCUAGCUUCUCUCUAUCUGAUCAUCUCCGGAGAAGAGAAGAGUUUCACUAAGAAGAAGAUAUCGAAAUUCCCAAGGUUUAGGCUAUGGACAUUUCCUGUUCUUGUGGAUGGACCAUUUGGAGUUGUUUCUGCAGCUGAGUUUCUUGGAAUUAUGAUCUUCUCUGUUUUCUUCCUCUGGGCUAUCUAUGCUUAUACCUUGAGAAAUCUCGAGCUUCUUAAGUACUUCGAUGUGAGUCCGAGGGACAAAAAUUUGCUUACGUUGGAGGUAACGGGUCUGCGUUUUGGGAUGAUUGGAUUAUUCUGUAUGGUGUUUUUGUUUCUUCCGGUCUCGAGAGGCUCCGUUCUCCUCCGUCUUGUCGAUAUCCCUUUCGAACAUGCUACAAGAUAUCAUGUUUGGCUUGGUCACAUCACCAUGGCUUUCUUCUCCUUGCAUGGCCUCUUUUAUGUAGUUGCAUGGGCCAUGGAAGGUCGACUUUUAGAAAUUAUAGUUGGGUGGCAAUCCAAAGGAAUCGCUGUGUUACCUGGAGUUAUCAGUCUUGCUGCUGGUUUACUGAUGUGGGUUACAUCGCUUCACUACAUGAGAACGCAUUACUUUGAGCUCUUCUUCUACACCCAUCAACUAUACAUUGUCUUUGUUGUCUUCUUGGUACUUCACGUUGGUGACUUCAUAUUCAGUAUAGUUGCUGGAGGAAUAUUCCUUUUCAUUCUUGACCGUUUCUUGAGGUUCUGUCAAUCCAGAAGGACUGUAGAUGUAAUCUCCGCAACGAGUUUGCCUUGUGGAACCCUCGAACUCGUCCUUUCAAAACCACCGAAUAUGCGAUACAAUGCACUGAGUUUUGUGUUUCUCCAAGUGAGGGAACUAUCAUGGGUACAAUGGCAUCCUUUUAGUGUUUCAUCAAGUCCUUUAGAUGGGAAGCAUCACGUGGCGGUUCUCAUAAAAGUUCUUGGUGGAUGGACUGCAAAGCUUAGGGACCAGUUGUCUAAGUUAUAUGAGGCAGAGAAUCAACAUAAUCUCCUUUCUCCUCAGUCACAUCCCAAGAUCACAACUUGUGUGGAAGGUCCUUAUGGCCAUGAAUCUCCAUACCACUUGGGGUAUGAGAACCUAGUGUUAAUAGCAGGAGGAAUUGGGAUAUCGCCUUUUUUCGCCAUCUUAAGUGAUAUCUUUCACCGGAAAAGAGAUGGGAAAGCUUGUCUACCAAGGAAGGUUUUAGUUAUAUGGGCUAUUAAGAACUCAGACGAGCUCUCUCUUCUCUCAACGAUCAACAUACCUUCCAUUUUCCCUUCCUUCUCUAAGAAACUAAACCUUGAGAUUAACAUCUAUGUCACACGGCAAUCGGAGCCUCUCUUGGAAGAUGGGAUGAUUCACAAGAUCGUGAAUCCUUCUGUCAAACCGGUGUCAACCGGGUGUCCUAUGUCGAUUUUAGUUGGUACAGGGGAUAAUAUGUGGUCUGGUCUCUAUCUCAUUGCAUCAACAAUUGGGUUUAUUUCAAUGAUGACCUUGUUGGACAUCUAUUACAUCAACAAAUACAACAUAACGGCGUGGUGGUACAAGGGACUUCUGUUUCUGGUCUCUAUGGUUGCAAGUGUGUUGAUUUUUGGUGGUCUUGUGGUUGUGUUCUGGCAUCUUUGGGGUCAAAAAACCGGAGAAGUAGUAGAAGAAAAUGCCCACGACAAGGUUGAUUUGAACGGAGAAGAACUACAUAACCCAUCUGAGGACCUUAAAGGCCUUGACAUAGUUGAAGAUGUCCAGAGUUACACCACUACUCGUUAUGGCACCAGACCAGACUUUAAAGAGAUAUUUGAGUCGUUGAAUGGGAAAUGGGGAAGUGUGGAUGUUGGAGUUAUUGUGUGCGGACCGGCGAGUCUUCAGUCGACCGUUGCCAAAGAAAUACGGUCACAUAGCAUCUGGCGAUCCGCGAAGCAUCCCCUCUUCCACUUCCACAGUCACAGUUUCGAUCUCUAA